CAUUAAAAAAAAAACACAAACACAAACGCAGUUGAAGCUUUUGCGGACUGGGGGCACCGCGCUUGAAGCGAUAACCCUGCUACUCCUCUCUCUCUCUCUCUCUCUCUCUGUCUCUUCAAAAUUUUGAUUCUGAGGAGGAUCUGGUAAGUAUACUCACCAACAGAGAUCGAUGUCGACGUUAGAAAUCGAAGCCCGAGAAGCUUUUCCAGAAGUAACGUGGGGUCCUUCAAGUCAUAAUGAUUCAAUGGAAUUAUGUGUUAUUAAGAUAGUUCUUCAAUUUUGCAAAGAAAAUUCUUUGCAUCAAACUUUCCAAACAUUACAGAAUGAGUGUCAGGUUUCUCUGAAUAUAGUAGACAGUCUCGAAACAUUUGUUGCUGAUAUUAACAGUGGAAGGUGGGAUGCAAUAUUACCUCAAGUGGCACAACUUAAGCUUCCUAGGAAGAAACUAGAAGAUCUGUAUGAACAGAUUGUUUUGGAAAUGAUUGAGCUUCGGGAAUUGGAUACUGCACGUGCCAUAUUAAGGCAAACCCAGGUAAUGGGUGUCAUGAAGCAAGAGCAACCUGAAAGAUACUUGCGACUUGAGCAUCUCCUUGUUCGAACUUAUUUUGAUCCACAUGAGGCUUAUCAAGAUUCAACAAAAGAGAAAAGGCGGGCACAAAUUGCUCAAGCUGUUGCUGCAGAGGUUUCUGUGGUUCCACCAUCACGCCUAAUGGCUCUAAUUGGUCAGGCUUUGAAGUGGCAGCAGCACCAAGGGUUGCUUCCUCCAGGAACACAGUUUGAUUUAUUUAGAGGGACGGCUGCUAUGAAACAAGAUGUAGAUGAUAUGUAUCCAACUACUCUUGGGCAUACUAUCAAGUUUGGGAAAAAAAGUCACCCAGAAAGCACUCGGUUCUCACCAGACGGACAGUUCCUUGUUUCUUGCUCUGUUGAUGGAUUCAUUGAGGUUUGGGACCACAUAAGCGGGAAACUAAAGAAGGAUCUGCAGUACCAAGCUGAUGAGACAUUUAUGAUGCAUGAUGAUGCCGUCCUUUGUGUUGAUUUUAGUAGAGAUUCUGAGAUGUUGGCAUCUGGGUCCCAGGAUGGAAAAAUCAAAGUUUGGCGCAUAAGGACUGGUCAGUGCUUGCGUCGUCUUGAACGUGCACAUUCUCAGGGUGUCACCAGUCUCGUCUUCUCUCGAGAUGGAACUCAGCUACUAAGCACAUCAUUUGACAGCACAGCAAGAAUCCAUGGCCUGAAGUCAGGAAAAUUAUUGAAGGAAUUUCGUGGACAUACAUCCUAUGUGAAUGAUGCCAUCUUUACAAGCGAUGGAUCUCGUGUUAUUACUGCAUCUAGUGAUUGCACUGUCAAGGUUUGGGAUGUGAAGACAACAGACUGUUUACACACAUUUAAGCCACCGCCUCCUUUGAGGGGAGGUGAUGCAUCUGUGAAUUCUGUUCAUCUCUUCCCUAAAAAUACAGACCACAUAAUCGUGUGUAACAAGACAUCGUCGAUAUACCUCAUGACACUUCAAGGACAGGUUGUGAAGAGCUUCUCAUCUGGUAAAAGAGAAGGUGGAGAUUUUGUAGCAGCUUGUUUAUCACCUAAAGGGGAAUGGAUUUACUGUGUUGGUGAAGAUAGAAAUAUGUACUGCUUUAGCUACCAGUCUGGUAAACUGGAGCAUCUAAUGAAGGUCCAUGAGAAGGAUGUAAUUGGUAUCACACAUCACCCCCACAGAAACCUUGUCGCUACAUAUAGCGAAGACUGCACGAUGAAAUUGUGGAAGCCUUGAGAAUUCCUCAGUGGUUGGUGUUUCUGCGUUAGUCUAAAACGCAAUUUAGGUUGCUUUAUUUAUUUUCAUUUUUCUUUUCUUUUUUUCUUUUAAAAGCUAGUUUCCUACUAGUUCUUUUGCCUUGAGAAGUCCCACUUCUUUUUUUCUCUUGCUUUAUUUGUAAUAUUUUAAAAUUGUUUUCUUUAGGUUGUGUUUGGUUGGUGAGGGAAGAGGAUGAUGGGUUUAUUCAUUUAGAAAAUGGAUAACCCACUUGGAUUUGGUGGGUUCAAGGCAAAAGUAGUGCUCAUUUUGCCCUUAAUGUGCAUGAUACAUUCUUUUUGGGGUCAUCUUUUUACUAAUUAACUUGGAUGUAGGUCAACAUUAAAACUGACUCGAAAUUGUGAGGUUUUUGUUUUGUGUUCAAAUUAUAAUUAUUGGGACUAGAAUAGAAUCAGUGAAAAAUAUAUAUAAAUAAAUAAACUAUAUGGAUGUAUUUAUUUAUGCCUCAGUGUAAACUGGUGGCUUUUGCAGCCUAACAAUUAAAUUGUUUGACAGCA